AUGGGCACAGUUGUGGAUGCCACUCCAGCAGUUGUGGCUGAGGAGGUCACUGAGAACAUGUUGGGUGGCAAGAAAGUUACAGUUGUAUUUGUUCUAGAGAUUAAAUCUGGCUCUGAGAAUGGAACCAUGAUCGAGAACAUGAUAAAGGAGGGAAAGAUUGUUCCAUCGGAGGUGACUAUAAAGCUGUUGCAGGAGGCAAUGAUAAAAAAUGAAAAUGACAAAUUCCUGAUCGAUGGAUUUCCAAGGAACGAGGAGAAUCGUGCAGCUUUUGAGAAUGUUACCAAAAUUUCUCCUGCGUUUGUGCUAUUCUUUGACUGUUCCGAGGGAGAGAUGGAGAGACGUCUGUUGGGGCGCAAUCAGGGAAGAGUUGAUGAUAACAUUGAAACUAUCAAAAAAAGGUUCAAAACCUUUGUUGAAUCAAGUCUGCCUGUCAUUGAGCAUUACAACUCAAGGAACAAGGUUAAAAAGAUUGAUGCUGCAAAACCAAUUCCUGAGGUGUUUGAAGACGUCAAAGCCAUUUUUGCCCCAUAUUCUCCAAAGCAUUUCCAGAUGGAUCUUUAA